AUGAGGUAAGUUUUGUAAUUAUGCUUACAAAAGAAAAUCGACAAAUUGUAUGCACUUGUUCUUCACGGAUAUUUGCAACAAAAACUUUUCUGUUUCUAGCACAAACCCAGAGGGCCCGCCAACACUCGAUCAGCCAAAGGAUUCCCCAAUAAUCGACCAAAAACCAAGCGUCAGUCGUUCGAAUUCGGUCGAUUCCAGUAUCCUUGUAAUUGACGAAGAUAGCAAGGACGUCAAGGAGCCGGAUACCACCAUGGAAGAUGACGAUCUUCCACCAGCCUUGGAAUCCCAGCCUCGGGCCGAGGAAAUGGAACAAGUGCCUGCUUUUGAGGCGCCGAAAGUGGAGAAUGCUGAGAAAGUCGAAGAUAAGGUAUGUACGAAUUUGCUCGUUCUCGAACUGAGAAAGACUCGUCAAUCUUUUAGUCACACAUUAUAAUAAAUAUAUUUUUAGCCGCCUUCCCCACCCAAAGUCUCGGUGCCAAAAGUGACAUUGACUCCGAGUUUGAUUCCAAUUUCUGGCCCCACUCCCUCCAAUCUAAUCCCAGUGACAACAAUCUCAGCCUCCGUGGCGACCGCUGCACUCAAUAGUCUAGCCAAUUCCACUGCAACCACAACAACAUCAGCGUCUCCAGCUGUCCCGACACCUCCGAAGAAGCCACGUGCACCUCGGAAACAGGCCAAAAAGCAGCCUCCGCCAACUUCCCAACCUCAAUAUCUGACACCAAUCCACGGGAUUUAUCCGGGAAUGCCGAUGCAAUAUAUGAGUGCGGCCAGUAUGAUGCUGGUGAAUGGGAAACCCGUCUUUGUUCAUCAAGGGCCAAGACCCAUGCAGGUUGAGACCUCCAAGAACAACAGCCCUCCGAACACAGUCCAACGAGUCCAAUAUAUUCAACCAUCGAUGACUGGGGCCAAGAAUAAUAUCAAAAUGCAGCCUCAAUUAAUUCAAGUCCCUCCGGGCUUUAUUGCACAGCAACAGCAGCAGAAUCGGCAAGGACAACAACCACAACAAAUCCAGGGUAAGCGAAGUGAAGUAAUUGCUAAAAUCCGAUGGUAUCGCCUAAGAUAAUGUGAAUUAAGAGGCCUCUCUUUCAACUUUUGGCAGGUUUCUUUUUGAAAAAAGAAGGGUAAUAGGAUACAUAUAUCUGAAUAUUUGUCCGGAAUCUCCGUUUUUGUAGUACAACAGUGUGUAACGUCCCCAUGGAAACCGGGGCGUGGCUCAAAACAAUGAACUCGAACACAUUUACACUUUUACGUAACUCACCUUUUACUCGUCUGUGUUCGUUUUCAUUUGUUUUGACACCUUUGGAAUAAAACGUGGUGAUGAAAGCAACCUUUUUUGAGACAAAUCAGAUCCGAGAUUUUCGGAAAAUUUUGAAUUCGAAGGAAAAUUUAUUGCUGCCAAAAUGUGAUUGUUAAUUAAUCACUUUAUGAGGCACAAUUUUUUCAGUGAAACCUCCCCAAUUCGUCAGCGGCGGUCCUCUUCGCCAAUCCCUGGGCGAUUGUCACAUGGUCCCAUUCGGAGGCCAAAUGGCUCUCUUAAAUCAACAGAAUCAGAUUGUUGGUUACUGUAAAGUCGCCCAAAAUUCGAAUGCCAAUUCGGUCAUGGCCGCUGAACCCCCGCCAAAACUUUCGCCAAAUCCUCAGCAAUCAACCAGCGAUGAAAAAGCCCCUCAGGCCAAGAAGAUCAAACUGGCCGAGGCUGAAAAUGGCCCCAGCACUUCCGAAAAGAUCUCCUCGGGAGGUCAGAUCAAGAUCCCCGUCUCUCAGCCACACUUUAUGCAUCUAAAACAGGCCUUCAAGAUUGGAGUGCCUAAGGAAUUGCUGACUCAAAUGGGACAAAGUCAGGUUAUCAGCAAUGGGAACGAGGAGAAACCGCCGUCCAUUGAAAUGGCAACAUUUAAUGGUGAGUUUAGACCAGUGUUAAUAUUUUGCAAAAAAAUGGAAACACUCAAAAUUAUAAAAAAAUUGGUGUUUUUUUAUUGAUUUAUUUUUUGGAUUUCUGAUGACUUCCUAAAUUUCGGGUUAUUUUUGAAAUUUGCAAUAACUUUUGUCAUCCUUUUUUUCAACUUGUACUUAUUUUAGACUCCAAAAAGCUUUUGCAUAAUAGGAUUGGGAUUUACUCCGUGUUGUUUUUGUUGAGUCUUUUUCGAAAGAUCUCCCUUGUGUCAUCGCUCCCUUUCCCUCUGUUUAUUUUGUUUCGCUCUAAAGGACAUCUGGCCGUUCUUCACACGGAACGCCGGCCAUUUUUAAUAUCUUUUCUUUCCCGCAUUCCUGUUUUUGCAGAUGUUUUAAGGGAAUUUUGAUGUUAAAAUUGUGUUUUAAGGGGUGGAAAUUAGUUGUAAGAUAGAGAUUGGAGUAGGACCGAUGACUAAGCAAGUGAAUCUUGGGAAAUUCCUCAAUAUUUCGCAAGAUUAUAGGGCUGGAAAUUAGUAGACUGAUCCUAUAAUACAAUAAUAUUAAAUUUGAUUUUAUUUCAGCUCCCCUCCCAGCCCUCGAAGUUCAGAAGACCGUCUUCCGAGAAGAAGCCUCCUGUUCAUCCAAAUUCCAACCGAAACCCGGAACCAAAGUUCAUCAAGUUCAAGGCUUUACAAUCCAAGAACCCGACUUUACACCCCCUCCGAAAGAGACCAAGGGAGUCCACAACUACAUCUUUAGUCCUCAAUCGUCCACUCCCUCUACUCCCUUAUCAAAUCCAUCAUCCAUAGAGAUCAAGGAAAAGAGAGAGACGGAGAGGAAAUCAGAGAAGAUUCAGACGAAAGAAAAGACGAUUCAGAAGCUCCAGAAGGAAAAUAAAGUAAAGCCAAAGGUCGGAAGAAAGACCAAGGUGGAGAAACCGGCAGAAUUCACUCCAAAAUUAGCACCAAAGGUCGAGAAACACCCAUCGAGUACACCAAGAAAGAUGCCGGAACAUGGCGUCAAGAAGAUCAAAUCGGCUGGAAACACCCCUCAAUCCAUCGAGGACAAGAGAUUGAGGAAGAAGAACAGAGAAUUGGAGGGACUGCUGAAUAUGGACUUUGGACCGGGCAAGAACCCGUUCAAGGUAGGUCCAGUAAAGGUACGAUCACUAGUUUUAGAAUUUAUUUUUGUUUGCUUUUGUUUGUGUGGUUAGAAAGGAGUUGCUUUGCAGCAAAGUAAUCGGUAUUUUGUAGACAACCAGUGCCGAUACGUUCCGAGAUGAGGUCCUGAUUUCUCAGCAGCAGAUCCAGAAACAUGUACAAGGUAAAUUGUUGCGUCAGGAGAGACGGAUAUUGACUUAUUUAUAAAUUUAUAAGGCACAGAUUUCUUUUCCAUUUAUCACUCUCGGCAAAAAUUGCACAAUUUAUUUUAUCCAUGAAAUUUUAGCUGAAGAAAAACCUCAUCCAAGCGAAAUCCGAGCCGUCAGCCGAACCCCAGCCGCUCCUCCUCGACGUGUUGGCCGUCCCAGCAACGAUAAGAAGGCUGAUAGACCGCGACGAUCGAUGCAAAACUCAUCCGGCUACAAGAAACUUUUUGAUGAUGACUUUGAAGAGGAAGAUAACUCCGAUAGUGUUAUUGAUGACGAGAGUGAACGACAGAGUGUGAAGUCGCAGAUCUCGGAAGGCGGCUGUCUGUUCUGUCACAAGGCCAGCAAGAGCAAAAAGAAUCCACAGUACUGUAACAGUGAGUGCAAGAAAAACUACAGAAAACGAUUAUCGUUAGAAUGUCAAGUACAAGAGAAACUGGGACAUCAUGUGGAUUUGGGAGGAAGUCAGGACUCGAAUGGAUUGGAACACAGCGAAUGCAGCUCUACUUCCAGGUAAGAGCAAAAUGAAUUUACAAUUCUUUACGUGUACUGUAAGAUGUGAUAUUACUAGUAAUAAUAGAUCGAUAAAAGCCCUUAUAAAUCAAUUAUAGUUCCAGCAGACCUCCCUCGACCAAGCCAGCGCCAAUUUCAAGUCUUCCCCCGCAACCCUCACCCUCCAGACAUCUCCAACCGUCCACUUCGGUACCUCAUCCAAUCCAGAAAGUUGCUCCAAUCCCAGAAAAUCCCAAAAAUGGUGGCCAUCUGGGCAUGGACGAACUCAAGAAACGACCGGUCGCUAGUUGGAGCGUAAGUCAUUUUUUUGUCGGAUCUUUAAUAUAAUAUAGGGACUUUUUCUGCAGUCUCAUUGACUAAUCGUAUGGAUUUUAGCUGGAUGAAGUCGCUGCCUGGGCCGCAAUCGUUCAUUGUAGCGAUGUUGUGAUCAACGAACUGAAGGAGCAAGAGAUUGAUGGAGAUGCCCUCGUUGUUCUGCUUCAACAACAACAACUUAGGUCCGGAUUAUCACUCAAAUUGGGGCCUGCGGUUAAAUUAGAAAGAGAUUUGAGAGCAAUCCUGGAAGAACAGAAGGCCUUAGGCGUUGUCUGA